CGCCAUGGCUACUAACCAUGGGGUCCUCUCAGCUCUUGACUCUGCCAAGACACAAACCUACCAUUUCAAGGCAAUUGUGAUUGCUGGCAUGGGAUUCUUCACUGAUGCAUAUGAUCUCUUUUGCAUCACCGCGGUUACAAAGCUUAUCGGUCGCCUUUACUACUAUGAUCCCGCGACUCAUAAUCCAGGAAAGCUUCCAACAAAUGUGAACAAUGCCAUAACAGGGGUUGCCUUGUGUGGCACGCUUGCAGGGCAACUCUUCUUUGGCUGGCUUGGUGACAAACUUGGUAGGAAAAAAGUUUAUGGCAUAACCCUUGUCACCAUGGUGGGUUGUGCUUUAGCAUCAGGCCUCUCCUUUGGCUCAUCUUCCAAAAGUGUGGUUUCUAGUCUCUGCUUCUUCCGAUUCUGGCUCGGGUUCGGCAUUGGCGGAGACUACCCACUCUCAGCUGUGAUCAUGUCUGAAUACGCCAAUCAGAAAACCCGGGGUGGUUUUGUCGCGGCCGUGUUUGCUAUGCAAGGAGUGGGGAUACUGGUGGCUGGAGGGGUGGCCAUGUUGGUCUCCUCACUGUUCUUAUCAGCAUAUCCUGCUGUUGAUUUUGCAACUGAUCCUGUGGUUUCUACUCAGCCAGAGGGAGAUUUCGUUUGGAGAAUUGUGCUCAUGUUUGGUGCAUUUCCUGCAGCCUGCACUUAUUACUGGCGGAUGAAAAUGCCAGAAACCGCUCGGUACACUGCCUUGGUGAAAGGAAACCACAAGAAGGCUGCUGAAGAAAUGGCUAAGGUUCUUGAUCAGGACAUGCCUUUAGAAGAACCGGUUACCGGGCGCGGGUUUGCAGCCGCGCCUGGCCCCUCUUAUGGACUCUUCUCUUCAGAGUUUUUUAAUAGGCAUGGCCUUCAUCUUCUAGGAACAACUAGCACAUGGUUCUUGUUGGAUAUUGCUUUCUAUAGUCUUCAACUCACACAAAAAGAUAUCUACCCAGCCAGUGGGAUUGUCCCAAAGGCUUCAAAAAUGAAUGCCAUAGAGGAGGUGUUUCUACUCUCCAAAGCAAUGUUUGUGGUGGCACUGUUUGCCACGGUUCCCGGGUACUGGUUCACGGUUUUCCUAAUUGACAAGAUUGGAAGGUUCAAAAUCCAGCUUGUUGGAUUCUUUCUGAUGUCUGUUUUUAUGUGGCUUUUGGGACACAAAUAUGGAGAAUAUGGGGGAGUUUCUCAAUGUGACGCAGACUCCAAAUAUGAACUUUGUCAUGGAAAACCUGCCAUGUUUCUCAUGCUAUUUGGACUUACCCUCUUCUUUGCCAACUUUGGACCCAACACCACCACAUUUAUAGUGCCGGCAGAGCUUUUCCCGGCUAGGUUCCGCUCAACAUGCCAUGGAAUAUCAGCAGCAGCUGGAAAAUCAGGAGCUAUAAUUGGUGCUUUUGUGGUGCAAAGCUAUACAGAGAAAGCCGACGACAAAACUAAAGGAAACAAGAAGGCGAUCAUGGCGCUUGCAGUUGUCAACUUGCUUGGAUUCUUCUUCACUUUCUUGGUGCCGGAAACAAAAGGCCGAUCACUUGAAGAAAUCUCAGGAGAGGAGAAAGAACAGGGAAAUAUUGCUGCAGAAAAUGCUAAUGAGACAACAAAUGAUGCCCAAGAGGAAAAGAGAAGCACUAUUGUUGAUAAACCUCCCGGAGAUUCGAUAGUUUAAUUCCGAGGGUAUCCGAUUUGAAUACACCAGAAGCAUCAAUAUGAGAAUAAGAGGAAGGACUAAAUUGAAUAAUGUCUGUUUCAUUAACUUCUACAGUUAGUAGUUCUAUGUUCUGUAUGUGUGUUUUAUUUCCCCCUUUUUACUCUUUGCCAAACUGGAGUAAAAAAAAUAA